CAGCAACCCGACUCAGUUGAGGUGCGCUUUUCUUCGGAGCAAGACCCGGGUCCAGUGUGCUGGAAAUUUGCUGUGCGCGGACGAGAAAAAUCCCACUCGAUACAUCCCCAUUCUGCUGUCCGCGACCCGUUAUCCACCAACCGGUUGCAACACCCGGCACAGGUGUGGGCAGUGGAUAACGUAUUCCAGUGGACAGUCGAGACAUCACGGAGGUGGGGCCGUAAAGGAAACAUCCACCAACAACAACAAAAAAAGUACGAUAGAUAACGAAACAUAAGCGAAGCAGCAAGGAAAACGUCCGCGAGUUCGAUUUUUCACCGUGAAUCAGUGUGGAUUUUGUGAUUUGAUACUACAAAAGAAUGUGUACUGUUAAAAGCUAAGCCAUCAAGUUAUUCCGUUUGCCAUGGUCGGAUCAUUGAAAACAUUGGAAGUUUUAAUCUGCUGCGCUAAUGGAUGAAAUCUCUAGAUGCUCGGCACAGCUAUAGAUCACCAUAUCCAGCUCAAGAAACAUCGGUGAUGGGUCAUCGUCAUCAUCGCCACCAUCACCCGGCUGCUCAUGAUCGGCUUCUCACUUUGUCCACCGUAACACCACCUGUGUGCUCGCCGUCCCACCACUGCCAUCGUCACCAAUCGCAGAUCCUGCGCUGGGUACUCAUUGGCGUAACCUUUCUCCUGAUCAACUCAAGCCAUGGACUGGAGCAACUGUCGGCAGAUUUGCAGGAACCGCAAGCAGAUCAGCAGCCGCUUCCUUCGACGCUCUCGUCCACCACCACCGUCAGUCCGACACUUCCACCGUGCGAGCAGCGUGCACUGGACGAGAUCCCGCCCGACCCAUUCUACGACGUCUCGGACAUUACGAUCGGAGCAGCAAAAACGUUCGCCGACUUUCUCGCUGGCCGCAAGAUAGAUGGCACGACGCGGGAUGAUCGCAAGUUCGUGCUCGCACGCGAGAAGGCUAACGAGCUGGCAAGCAGCGUAUUGAAGCAGGACGAUGGGUUACUGCUGGCCGUCGGUAUUGCGUCACCGCGACUCCCUCUGGCCGUGGUACAGUUCCGGGACCAGAUUGACAGUGCACACGUCAAUCUGUCCGAGAGCAAAAACUUCCUGUCGACCUACUGGCGGGAGCUGGGUGUCGCCUGGAACCAAAGCAAUGGUGCUCAGUUUUGGGGUACCCCGUUCCGCGAUUGUGGCCCGCUCUACGGACGGUGGCUUUGGCCGUACAGUGUUACAGUCGAGUCGCAAGGGUACAAAAUCGUUGCUUCAGCGUUUAUCGCGGCGGACGUGGAUCAGUGCAACGAUGCGUUGGAAUCGAUUUUCGGACGCCGUCAUGUUUGCGAUCGCGAGUCCACCUUCUGCCUGCUGUCGGAGCUGGACGCCUCGAAGCCCCGGGGCAAAUAUACCUGCGUCUGCCGGCCCGGCUACUACAUUCCCAACGAAUCGAUACAGGGUUUCUCCUCCGAGAAGAAUGAUGGCAACAUUACAAACUUUAGCUGCAUUCCGUGCCCGAGUGCAUGCGAGUGCGAUUCGGCGGGUAGCUGCAGCAGCCCGGACGAGGACUUUAGCACCGAAACACUCAUGAAGGCCACGAUCGGUGCUAUCUUAGGAGCUUGUAUGCUUUGUUGUUUAGUGUUAGCGUUAAUUGUGUUCCGUCAACGGAAGUGCAAGACCAUUGCCACCGGGAUGUGGACCAUUUUAGAGACAAUUUUAUUCGGCAUUUUACUUCUAUAUUUAGCGGUUGCUCUACACUUCCUGCAGGCAUCGACUGUGCGGUGCCUGCUGGAACCGUGGUGCCGUGAGCUGGGCUUCAUCAUUUGCUACGGUGCGAUCGUGCUCAAGCUGUACCGUCACCUGGUGGAGUUCCGCACCAGAAAAGCUCAUCGAUGGGUUGUGAGAGAUCUCGAUCUGCUGCGCUACUUGUGUGCCAUGAUCGUCGCGGUGCUAUGCUACCUGGCCGCCUUUACCGCGACCAGUCUCGACUUUCUGCAGUACAGCGAGCUGGUGUGGCAGAUGGACCAACCGCAGUCGCUCGACGCCGAGCAGGUUGCGUCCAACAUGUGUCGACCCCUGCGCUGGGAUUACGUGACCGAGGCCGGUGAGCUGCUGAUACUGGGCUUCGGGCUACAGUUGGCCAUCGCAAGCCGCAAUGCCAACACGCAAUUUCGGGAGCGACAGUUUUUAGUAGCAUCGAUACUGAUCGAGUUUCUCGUCUCGUCCACAUUCUACAUACUGCGCUUUUGGUAUUUGGAGGAAUUCAAUCCGUCUACACUGUUCUUAGCCCUGUUCGUGCGCUCGCAACUGACCAACACCGUGACGUUGGGCUUGAUCUUUCUCCCUAAGCUCUGGUACCAGCACAAACAGGUUCGUUCCCUUGCCCAUGACGUAUCAUUCCGCUUACCUGUGGAUGCUUUCAAGGGUGCACAUGAGAGUACACACCAUGGUGGGGCACUCGGCACGUAUGCCGGCAUCUGCAUGGGAGACCCGGAGGUUGGCGACGUCACAAUAUCGGAGAUGAGUCCCGAGGACAUCAGAGCCGAGCUGAAAAGACUGUACACACAACUAGAAUAUUUAAAAAAUAAAACCCUUCGCCAAGACAAUCCUCACAUAAGCAAGCGAAGGGGAGGCAGAAAGGUGGCCCAUCGAAGAUUCUCACUCCAGAAAAAAGGAAGCCGAGAAAAGGCACUAAGCGCUAAACACCGCAACAAUCGUCCAGCGGUAAGCGAGGUGGAAGUGACCGAAGCCGAACCGUCCCGUACGCCCGAGGACAGCGUGUGCAGUGUCGAGGGCCCAACCGAUACCGGUACCGGAACCGGCGAGAUAUCCGGCAUCUCCAGCUCCAAAUAGCCAUCGUCGACCGGUGCGCAACCGCAACAGUCAGGCGGCCGAUCGCGCUACAAGGAGUACAAUUUUUAAGGAUCGGCCCGUACGACCGGCGAGCAAAACCUCUUUUCAACCCGCCACACUCAGCCUGCGAAUCUGGAUGGCAAUGCAGUGCAGCUGUGCACCGGCGGGGACGGGAACGAUCUUGGUGGGCUCACCAAGACAAACAAUGAAUCUCAGGUUCAAACCCACACCGGAGGCAGUUUCCAUUAUUCCAAAUACGACGCAGCGCUCGACAUCCAACACAAACCGGAAAGUGUUUCUGGGCUGAUUUUCCCCCGUUUAUCAAGCUCGAUAUUAUAGACCGUUAUUUUCGAAGCAAAAAAAAACAAAUCGCCGACGGAUACAGCAUAUCCUGCGAAACCCCGUUUUUAACGCUGAGAAGGACACUAUUUUACGUUAGUCAGUCAACUCCUCGCUUUGGUUGCGCUGGGACUCAGCAGCAGCGACGCUACCUUAACUGCAGUGACUGAAAGUCGUUUUACUGGCUCUCAUUUUCGAGUACCACACUCACAAACAGUUUGUACUUUUUACCCAAAACUAUUUUCCAACUUUCCAUCCAUAUCAUCCGAAUAAAGCUACUGUAGUAGUAGCUUUACUGUUAGAAAAAGUUCUCUCUCAACCUUCAACCUUCCGAAUGCAAGCGCGCCGGAACUGUUGUGCAACAAUAUCAACUGGGAACAAGUACAAGCAAAUGUGUGAACAGAGAAGAUAAUAAAAGGAUAAACGCAGAUUUAUCGCAUCAUCAUCACUGAACCGUUUCAAAACUUACGUUUACCAUAUGUCCCUGCCCAACUUGUAAUAGUGAUGGACGUGCGAUUGUGUGUGUGUAUAUAUAAACAAUAGCAAAAGAAGCCCGAAACGUACAUACAAAAUACACAGUAAAGCGCAUUUUAAUAGCGAAGUUAAUAGUGAGCGGCCACGUGCCACCAACAUACCGGCAAGCCCGAGAACCGUCAAAGGCGAGAUAUGCAUUUGUACGGAACGCAGGAGUAAGGAGCCGGUUGUUGGUAAAUUGGAUACAAAAUCGGUUGUUGCCUUCAGCGGGCUAGCAGCCAUUUAGCUUGUUUGAGAAAGAUACAGAGAACCAUAGAAGACGAAAAAAAAAGUAAACCAUAAGCGCGUACUUCUAUGAGGGCCAAAGACGUUACCGCCAAGCGAAGGAACUAGGCUAUAGGUGAAAAGCAAAAACCCAAAGUACAUAAGUAGCUAUAGUAUAGUACUAUAUAACCGCACAAACCGGACAACACAAAGACAAUGCCAUUGUAUUGAAUAGAGUCUUAGAUGCGAGUUGCGAGCAAGGAGUGGUGCAGGUUGCUACGAUGGCCGAUACCGGCAGAGUCUGCCAAGCCGAAGCAGCCAAGUGGCGGCGUUUGUAUCAUAAUAGAAGUAAGGCGAAAAAUAUUCAUAACUAUUAUCAGCAUUAUAAUAAUAAAGCAUAUUACAGCAUCCCUUAUCAUGAGCUUAAUCAAAUAGAUAACCCAAAACAACAACUUACAAACAGCUGACCGGUCGUGCUGGCACCCAGAUGCCCGAUUGUGUUUUCUAGCUAGCUGCUAAUGGGGAGGGGGGGAGGAGAGAAGCCCCAAGCAGCGGCGAUCGCUGCCAGUAUAGUAAAAAUUUACACUAGAAACUACUUCUGCUUACGACAGUCCAAAUUUCCCCCGGUACCCCAUCUGUCGGCGCAAAUCGGCAACAGAGGUGUGCAGCAGAACGGGACGAGGAGCAGCAGAGCUAGAAAACGAAAACACAAGGUAAUUAUAUUGCAUACCGAAUAGGUGCGUAUUAUUAGAUCAGAUCAGAUGUAAAGAAAAAAGAAUAAUAAUCAUUGCUUCGUCGUUCUUUAGGACAAAGAAAAACAAACAAACAAACAAAAAAACAUGAACUAAGGUGUUUGUUGCGUUUUGUUUGCCACAACGUUUGCCAAUUUUAAUUUUCAUUUUCACGAUUCGAAUUUCUUCGCCCAACCGUCUCUACCCCUCGGAUUAACCUUCAGGGCGAGAUUGGGUCUGGUGUAGCGAAGAAAUGUUGUAACCAAACGCCAACUCCGAAAGAUUCACUUGCGAUGCGCCGGGAGAGGGUGUUGGCCCAGGCAAACUGUCCAGCGACGGGAUUUUGCCAGGGACGAUGCACACCGGCCGGCCAUCGAUCGGCAGUCGAUUAGGGACGGGAAGGUAUUGUAGGUGUUAUAUACGGGACGAGCCACGGUACGAUUAGUUCGUUUAACUCACAACGGAAUGUAUAUCUUACUAUCGUUAAGUGCAGACGCUAACACUACUAUAACUGUCAUUAUAAGAAGUAUUAUGAAAUGUUUAACAUUGUGUCUAUAAGAAGAACGACGGACUGGGCAGAAGUUGCUAGAAAGGGGGAAAAAAUAACGAAGCCAUAGCUAUAACUAGCAUGAGUAGAAUAAACAAACAAACAAACACACACACAGGCGACGAAUAGUAUUAGAGCGAACAACAGAUAUAGCAAAGCAAACGGAACAGCAGCAUAGCGGAGCAAUUAGAGCCCGGAAGCAAAAGACAUCUUAUGCCGGCCAAGGAAGCCCGGUUGACAAAUAUGACGAAAUGAAACUAUCCACCUAAAAAAAUUUACUGUAUCUAGUUCUAGUACGUACACCGCUGGAACAUUACGUAGGAAGAGCUUCCUACCAAGGAGCUACUAAGACACUCCACACUCAACCAUCCACUUACCGUGGAAGUGGGUUUGUAGAUCAAGCCACUUUAUCAGCUCUCACUGGUGAGAUUUGUAAUUUUUUUUUUAAUUUACCAUUCGCAGAUUGACUAUUAUUGGUUUAGGAAACUACCGCUAAAUGGGAGCAGCAGCUAGCACAAUGAUCGUGUAUAGCUUGGUUUACAAGAUCGACAAAAUCCAACAAGAGAUCUUAGAUUACUGUAUGCAUUAACAAAAUAUUGUCUACCUUGGGAUGGUCAUGUAGGGCAAUACUCCUUAAGCUGACUCAAUACAUUAAAGCAUUGUAUCAGGCGGCCAUUCGGCAGCCUCUGGUAAAAAUGUAUGCCCUUGCUGACGAUCAGUUGCAGCAACCUCCACCUAUAAGGUCAAAGGGAUAAGGGAUACUUAUCGAUCCUGAUGUUGGAAGUUGGCAGAUUACCCACCGGGAAAAAAAUAUUGUUCACACGCGCGUAGUAGGCUACGUUUUGAACAUGGACGGCUAGUUUUUUUUUAUAAUACUGGCCAUUCUUUACGCUAUCCAACGGAUGCUCUGACUUCUCAUUCGCUGAUUCGAUGAAGGCCUACAUUUUCCUGCACAGUUUUAGAUGCAUUUUAUGAGCCGUGCAGCAGUGUAGGGUGGCCGUAAGCUCCCAAAAUGACGAAGCAGAUAGAGCUUUGACGUGAUCAUAUAAAGAUUGUGUCUAACUAUUUUUAUCUACUUUUUCCUAGACCGUUUUAACGAUAUCUGCUAUAAUUCAAGUGGCUAUUCUUUUAUUUAUUUCAUGCGAUGGUAAAAAAAGUUACGUUAAAUCAGUCUAUAUUUUUUAAAUUCAUACGUUAUUAGCAAAAUUUUCAUAAUUUAAUUUUUCAUCAUGUUGCUACAUCCGGCAAAUAGGGAAAACAUAACUACUAGAAAAUUGAAUGUUAAUCCAGUUUUAUAGUUUCAGUUUUAUUUUACUUACUACGACCAGUGCUCCCACCAUAAGGUAACAUCACGUUACCGAACUCUUACUCAUUCUUUCCUGUCCUGUCCAAUAGCAUGCUGCCCAGUAUACGAAGGGCAGCAAUGUAAAUGUAUUUCAAUAUUAAAACCGAUUUACGGCAAGCAUGCAAGAACGAAUGAACGAACAAACGAACGCAAAAGAACCUCGAAAAGCAGCACCAGCCCCUCCUGACUGGAGGAAGGGGGGGAGGGGAGCAGGUGUAGGAUAGAUAUGGAAUGGGACAAAGCAGAAACUGAUAAUAAAAAUGGCAGUAUUACGAAAAACUCUACUGCAAAACAACCCAAAAAUAAAUCAAGACAAAACCUAAAACAAAAACGAAAUAAAGAAACAAAUUCCUGCGACCAUGCGAAACGAUAAAUGUA